UGUGCAUUCAACUACGCAUGCGUGCGCUGUCAUGUGGGACUCCUGACUGCACCCGGCUUGGGAAGUUGUGACAUUAUCAGUUACAGUUACUGGCGACGGUGUAACGACAGCGAUGUGCUGCUAACUGAAUCUAUUUUAGAGUGAAGCUGUGCGCGUGGACCCUAUGACGUAGAAGCCGAAGGGGCAACAUGACAGCUAACGAGGAUCAGGAGAUGGAGCUGGAAGCACUUCGCUCCAUCUAUGAAGGGGAUGAGUGCUUCAAGGAGAUCAGUCCAGUUUCCUUCCAGUUCAGGGUUGGAGACCUUGAGGACACAAAAGCAUUUAUCUUGGACAUCAGCUGGCCAGACACGUAUCCAGAGACGGCGCCACAAAUCUCCCUGGAUGCCUUUUUCAACAACAGGAUCUCUGCAGAGACGAAGCAGCUCAUCCUGUCAAAGCUGGAGCCUCAGGUGGAGGCCAGCCUGGGCUCUGCCAUGAUGUACACUCUGUUUGAGUGGGCAAAGGAGAACCAGGAGGAACUCAUGGAGAACCACAAGCCUGUUGUGACUGCUCUGCAGACCCUGACAUCCAACACUGAGGUGACGACUCCCUCUGCAGCAAAAAAAAGAGAGAAGAAGGAGCAACUGACAAAAGCACAGAAAAGAAGAAUGAUCAACAGAACAGACAAUAAAGGGGAGCUGCCAAGAGGCUGGAACUGGGUUGACGUGAUUAAGCAUCUCAGUAAAACUGGAGGAAAGGAUGACGACUAGCGCAGAAGCUGUCACACGCUUCAACUCCAAACUUGCUGCUGCUGCUGUGCUGCAGAUGCUUUCACAGUCAGCUGCAGUGGCGUGGGACACUCAGCUGCUGCUGCCAUAAACACACCCCAUCACUGGUGUUCCCGCUCCGGUCAGCAGGCUGCUCGUCCUCCAUCAGGGUGGAGCUUCACCUGCUCACACUCGCUGUCACUGCCAUGUUUUCAGUCUCACGUUACUCACUGAACACAUUAAUGUUGGAUCUAAACUAGUGUUCCGCUGUUACUUUAAGGUGCUGUGUGACUUUCUUAAAGAAUAGACCUUUUUAAUGCAACACAAAAUAGUACUCAUCAUUUUCCUGUUUUCUUUAUAAAUUGUAAAUCUGGAAAUGUUUAUAUAUAUAAAUAAACCCACGUUUUGUCAACUGCUUGUUCA